UUUUCAACAUUCCCACAUCUCUCCCUCCCAUCCCCGUGAGCUGACCCGGAAGUGCUCCUACUCUCCUCAGAGGCACCGCGGAGAAAGACGAGGGCGCGCGCGCACGCACGCACCCAAACACACACACACACACACACACACACACACACACACACACACACAUACACACACACACACACACACACACACACAUAUAUACACACUCAGACACGGACGCUCUACCCCGCCUCUUCCCCCGAGGGACAUCGAGCCCUCACGGAGUCAGCCGCCCAACUUACUUUCGGCCGCUACUGCUGCACCUCCACCCCCACACAAAAAAAGACUUUUUUUAAAAUUAAAAAAAAUGGCAGAGUCGACGGAGGAGGUGGCGGUGCUGGUGCAGCGGGUGGUGAAGGACAUUAACAACGCCUUCAAGAGGAAUCCGCACAUAGAUGAAAUAGGACUAAUUCCCUGUCCUGAAGCUCGGUACAACCGGAGUCCAAUAGUCUUGGUUGAAAAUAAACUGGGUGUGGAGAGUUGGUGUGUCAAGUUUCUUUUGCCAUAUGUCCACAACAAGCUUCUCCUCUACAGGCAAAGAAAGCAACGACUAAACAAAGAUGAAUUGAUAGAUGUCACAUGUACCCUGCUACUUCUAAACCCAGACUUUACCACUGCAUGGAACGUGAGGAAAGAGCUAAUCCUAUCUGGUACUUUAAAUCCAAUUAAGGACUUGCAUCUGGGAAAACUGGCCUUAACUAAGUUUCCGAAGAGUCCAGAAACAUGGAUUCACAGGCGAUGGGUGCUACAACAACUAAUUCAGGAAAACUCCCUACCCACUUUUGUGAAGAAAGAGAACUUGGCAACAUUUCCCACAGAAAGAAUACAACGGAUAGUGCAAGAGGAGAUCGAGGUCUGUGGUGAAGCUGCUGGGAGAUACCCAAGUAACUACAAUGCCUGGUCUCAUCGUAUCUGGGUUUUGCAACACUUGGCAAAGCUGGAUAUCAAGAUUCUUCUUGAUGAACUCUCUUCCACCAAACAUUGGGCAUCCAUGCAUGUUUCAGAUCAUAGUGGAUUUCACUACCGCCAAUUCUUGUUAAAGUCUUUGAUAAGCCAAACUGUGACCGACAAUGCUGUAUUGGAACAGAGCCCUUUGGUAAGUGAGCAAAUCCCAGAUCUUCCAAAAGAUGAUGAUGAAGAAGACACAUCAGCAGAGCACCACAGGGCAGUGGAUCUUUCCCGUCUUCUAGAGGAAGAAGUUGAACUCAGCACGGAUCUCAUUGAUAACUACCCAGGACAUGAAACUCUCUGGUGUCAUAGGCGGCAUGUGUUCUACCUUCAGCACCACUUAAACAGUAAGCUUCCUCACAGCCUGAUUCGACUAUCACCCGUGGACAGCAGUGGUGGGACUUUAAAUGACUUACAUCUCAGUCCAGCAGUCAGUCAUAUGACUCAGGCCAUGGAUGUGGAUGGCUUAAAUGACUCUAACAAGCAAGGCUAUUCCCAAGAAACUAAGCGCCUAAAACGGACACCAGCUCAGGACUCCCUUGGCCUAGAAAUGGAACACAGGUUUAUUGAACAAAUUUUGUCCACCUGCCGAAAUGUAGAGCAAGCCAGGUUUGCUAAUGCUUAUAGGAAAUGGCUGGUUACUUUGAGUCAGUGAAAGAGAGAGACGUCCUGUAGGGUUUUAUUUUAGUGCAAUAUCACUUUCUUUUCCUUUCCAUUCUUACUUACACAGUUGCACGUAUUGGCUUCUCACCCUUUAUGAUCAGUUUUAAGGUUUAUAGGAAGACUCUUGUGUCAUUUAUUUUGUCAUGAACAGGGAGUUCUUUUGUAGGGGAAAAAACAUUUUUCUAGUAUAUAGUGAGUCUUAAAUUUUGAGAAAAAAAUCACAUACUUUGCAUUUCUGCUUUGGGCAGCUUCAUAUUCUGUUCUCAUGACUUCCCCCCCUUUUUUUUGUCAGGAAGUUUAUUUGUUAACUUGCUAUCAUUUUUAAAAAUCCUUUAAAACAUGAUGAAAUUUCUAAUGACUAACUUCAAAUAACUCGAUCCAAUUUUUGGUUUGGGAAACAUAUGGAUAUGUGAAAAUAAAAACAAAUUCUGGUUCUAAUGUGCUGUAGUUGUAGACUAAACUAACUAAAGUCAGUAGCGUUGGGUUUUAAGCAUAAAACCCUGUUCAGAGAUUACCAAUUUAUCAAAGGAUUAUCAAUUUAGAACCCUAACUUUAAGAGGUUAUGUUACUACAUUACUGGAAAAUUAUUUUAAGUAUACAUCCUGAUUAUUUUUCCUUUAAAUUGGCAUAGGCUACAAAUACCCAACUUGAACCCUAUGUAAUUAGGUCUUUUGUACCAAGUUUUUUUUUUUAAUUAAUUUUUACUAUCUUUCUUCACAGAUUUGUUGGUUUGGGGAAUCAGAUUAAUUAAACAUGGGGAUUUGUCCAUAAGAAGUUCACCUAUAAUUUAUUUUAUUGAUUUACCAAAUCAACAAACCAUUUAUCUUACUUAUAUUUCUGAAAAUUUAUGAGGUACACUACAGAAUUCUAAUGAGAUGAAUAUUAAAGGUUUUGAGGAGAAAUAAACAUGGGGGCAUUUUAAGAAAUAGAUUAAAAAUUUACAUUUUCAUACUGAAAUUGUCAAGACCGAGGACUCAACAAUCUACUUUAAAAUUCAUCAUAUCCAUUGUCUAUAUAUAUUUUGAAGCCAGGGUUUCUGUCCCAGGGUUUCUCUCUUGCUUUUCUUUAACCCCAAGGGUUAAAAAUAGUAGUGGGAGUUACUGCUCUCCCUGUUUUCAUUAGCUAAUAAUGUCUACCCAUAGUUAAUUCCUUAUCAUCUGUCCUGUCUUGCCAUAUCCCUUUGUUAUUUCUUGUCAUUUGCCUUUUGUUGCUUGUAUAUUGUUUUCCUUCCUGUAUUCCUUCAACAAGAAGUACCCCACCUUUAUUUCUUGUCUCACAGAAAAAGGACCAGGAAGGAUAUAAGAGUAUGAUCAGUCCUAUUAAUACCAAAUUGGCAGAAGUUCCUAACCAAGAUGGGAAUACUUUUAACUCCCUGGCUCUCAGGGAGGGAUGUGAGCAGUAGAAGUAGAGAUGCAACCUCACCCUACCUCCUGUGCUUCCAAGUUUCACUUUUUUGUUGUGGGGGAAAGAGGACCCAGGAGAAAAAUAAAUCCUUGCUAUUUCACUCUUAUGAAAACCCCAGAUUAACUUGAAUUUUAAGGCAUUAUAGGAUAAUGGAAAAAGUCCUGGAUUUUAGAUUUAAAGGGCAUGAGUUCAAAUCCCACCUCUGCUACUUAUUACUUGGGUAACUUUGAACAAGUCACUUUACCUCUUGGACCUCAGGUUUUUUUCACCUGUGAAAUGAAAUCAUUGGUUCUUUCCAGCUGUAAAACCUAUAAAGAUAGGUUUCUCUCAAGGGGAUACAAAAUUUACCCUUUAUUUUGGCAUCAUAGCUCUGUUCAGUGACAAUCAGACAGUGAGCCUUAACAGGGUCCCAGGAAAAAUUGGCCAGCCUGGCCCUAGUGGACCUAGAGACCUUACAUGUAUAACCAGCUGCUGCUGGGCUUCUUCCUUGGGGCAAAAGUGACUGUUCUGCAGACCUUUCAAUCUAUAUCCUUAUCCUUGUGAAUAUGGUCCUAUGCCCUGAUAUACAAAGCCCUUUUCAGCAGAAGUUCCUGAAUCUAAUACCUCAGGGUCUGGAACCUUUAUGAUUAGUCAUUAGCUUGGGAUUCUUUCUUAGUGUUAACAUACAAGUGGAGAAGAUAUAGCAGGUCCAGUCCAUCCUGCUAGUGUACAUAGCCAACCAUUGCCUCCAUACAGUAUUAAGUUUCUUUUCCAAGCUUCAUUUUAAAUGUCCUCAGUAAUAGACUUCUCACAUUUUUUGUGAUUUUUCUAUUUGAGAAAAACUUCUGGAAUAUUUUCAGUAGUAAAGUGAAACUUUUUGGUCCAAUUUUUCCACUACUAACACUGGUCUUAUGAAUUCAGGACCUUCUUAUGCCUUCUCUAGAACAGCUUUCAUUUUAAUGUGGACAGCCUUAAGGUUUUUCAUGGCAAUGUCAUUCCCCUAAUUGAAAUAAUUCAGUUCUUAAAUCAACAUUGGUCUUCUUAUCAAGGUUAGAGCAAUAAGUGAUUAUUGACAGUUGGAGAAGAGGAAGGAUAUAAGUGAACUGCUUGGUAUCAGAAAUUUCUGUGUUAAUUUUUUUUUUCUAAAAUAUAUGUGUGAAGCCAAAGGUUUCCCCUGCAAAAACAGAAAAAUACAAACACAGUUUUCGUUGUAUAAUUGCAUUGAUUCUUACCAACUCUAGCAGCAUGGUACAAAUAACUCUUCAAUAAGAGGCAGUGUUAGAGAAGUAGGAAUAAGUAAGAUCUUUUGUAAUAGAAGGUUGUAUGUUAAAGGCCCCCCAUUUUUUUCUGGAAAGGUCAAGGUGGGGCAGCUAGGUGGCACAGUAGAUGAAGCACUGGCCCUGGAUUCAGGAGGACCUGAGUUCAAAUCUGGCCUUAGACACUUGACACUUACUAGCUGUGUGACCUUGGGCAAGUCACUUAACACUCAUUGCCCCCCCCCCAAAAAAGUCAAGGGGGAAGAGGUCUGAAGGUAAAUUGGCUAUUCUCCAAUAUUGAAAGACCACCCCAUCCUCAUGGUAAAAAAUGCAGGCAAGUAAUGCCCUCAGUAAGGAAUUCAGAGUGACCCUAUGGUAAAUGAACUCAUUCUAGCCUUGAAAUUGUAACUUUUUUUCCCUCAAGGUUUCCUACUUUUUGGAUGCAGUAUUCGUAAACUAUACUGUGUGCCUUGCUCAAAGAGUAGAGUAUAAGAGAUAGUGACUGGACUUGUGAUUUCAUUGAUCUAGGGAACUACCCAGUAGGUUAAGAAAACACCUACCAAUUCAGGUAGGCAUCUUUUCUUCAAAUAGAACCUUAGAUAGUUGAGAGUUUAGGUGACUUGCCAAGGAUUACAAGGUCAAGAUAUGACUGAGGCAGGACUUGAAUCCAGGUCUGACUGAUUUUGAGGUCAGCUCUUUAUCUAUUACUUUACCUCUCAAAGAUGAUAAUGAGAUGAUUAAUUCCAGCAAUAUAUGUGUAUGUGUGUAUAUAUGUACAUAUCUACAUAUUUAAAAGUAUCUUUCACAACUGGAAGUGUUUAUUUAGGUGCUGGUGUAACAUCCCAUUUGGGAUAGGUGAUAUAAACAUUGGUUAACUCUCCUUCCAGGCACAGUUGUUUAAAAGUGCCUGAGAGUUCUAAAGCCAGUUCCACUACAUUAAGAUCAUUCCUUUGACCAUUUUAAGGUAUCAGAAUCAGACCUUAAGAGGGCAAUAUUUUUGUACCUGUGGGGUUUACCUGUUUGUUGAGAUGUGUAUUGGAUUUGUCUGUCUGCGUUUUUUCCCCAACUUCUGAACAAUGAAAUUCACCUCUUAUGAUAUUUCUUAAACUCACUACUGACUUAUUAGGGGAAACUAACCUAGACUUUGAAAGUCCUUUUUUUCUCAAUACUGCUAAGUGAAAAUAAAACAACUGAUACAGAUUGCUACCUUACUGUUAAAAUAUGGAUUUUUGUUCAUACUGAUUUAUUCCAAAAUUCAUUAACAUAUAAGAAACAGCAACUUUUCUAAAGUGGCUUUUUGUGUGUGCUCCAGGUAGCAUGUUUGGGGUGUUACUUAAGUUCAGGUCAUGUGAUACCUUUGGCUUCUAGCUGACCAGAGAGAAAGAGAGAGAGAGAGAGAGAUGCACACACGCCUAUACAUAUGUGUAUGUAUUUACAGACAUAUACAAAUAAAUAUAUGCUUUUGAAUUAUUUUUAAAAUGCAUUGUGACUUUGAGAAAGGUAAUUUCUAAUUCCCUUUUUUUCCCCACUUGAUCUAAGAGUGUGAUUCAAGAGGCUAAGUAAUGGAUACAAUCUAAUCCUAAACUUGUUGGGUGACAGUAAUUGUCCCCUGUGCCUCAAUUUCCUCAUAUUCUAGAGUGUCGUUUUUGCCACUAGAAGUUAACAUGUUGUCCUUAAAUUUAAAAACAUCCCCGAAAGCAAAUUUUGUAGAAAAAUUUAAAUAAUUUUUAAUAGUUACACCUUUUUUAUUUUUCAUAUGAGAUCUUUAGUUGGAUCCACUUUACACCCAUUAGCACCUUAAAGUGCCCAUCCCCAAAGUACAAUGUGCUCUAGAAUCCUAUUUUAUGGAAGAGGGAUUUGAGAUAGGAAUUGCUGGAAAAGUCUAACAUCCAUGUGAGUUGUAAAGAAAAAAGCCAUGGUCAGACCAAUGGAAAGGCAUAGUAAAAAGAGCCCUAGAUUUCAUGUUCAUAUCUCAGUUUUAUUAGUUUACUGCCUGUGUGACCAUGGGCAAGUCACUUCUGGGCCUCAUUUUCCUUAUUGGUUAAUAGAUAAGAGGCUUGGACUAAAUGAUUGACUCAAGUUGUUAUUUUCUCUCUACAGCCUCUCUGUUUUUUAAGAUUUAAAACAUAUAACUUUUUACAUAAAACAUAUAACUGUGUUUAUUAGGGUACCUGUAUUCUUUAAAGCAGGAUUAUAAUUAUUUAAAUCUAAUUUUAGAGGCAGAAACCAAAAAGAACUUGAAAAAUACUGACAACUAUAUCUAGUGCCCAAGGAGUCAUUCAGAUGUAAACUGUUAGAUAAUAGUAACUUGAUUUCAGUAGAUUUCUCAGUAAAGGGAAUGUCAUUUUUGUGUUAUAGGUUGUUGACACGCACAAAUAGGAUGUUUUGGCUUAUAUUUUUAUUUAGUAAUUAAGGUUUCCAUGCACUUUACCAAGAAUUGGUUAUUAUUUCCUUAAAACCAGGUGUUUUUUUCCUAUUUGAGAUAUCCCAUUUAAAAGGCCACCCAUAUAUUUUUAAGGGUUACCAUGCAACCUUUUUUUACAAAAAGAGCUGCGGUAUUGCCUCUUUAAAGAAAAAACAGGCAUUAUUUUAAAUGAAUCCUUUGUCUUGGUUUAUUCAAAGCCUGAGUUAAUUCAGAAUUUCAGGCUUGACAAAAAACAACUGAAAAACAUAAAAUUACACAGAAGUGAAAAUUUAAAAUGUGAAUGUAUGAAGAGGUGCAAAUAGUAGAAGAAAAAAUAAUUUUAAGUAAUAAUUUGUGGCUUCAUAAUACUUUUCUUCCCUAAGAUCCCAAAGUGCUUUACAUAGCGUUAGAGCCUCCAACAUACAGUAUGUUUUGCAGGCUAGGCAAACAAUGAACAAGUUGUGAUUCUGGGAGACUAGUCCUUUGAGACUGCCUCCCAUACCAGCCUUUGGUACUAUUAAUUAAGCAGGCUCAGGCUCACUUCCUUCUUAGCACUAUCAGAAACCAAACUCUUUACUCAGAAACAUAAGUUAUAAUAAUGAGGUAUCAUAGUCUGCUGAAUAAAUCCUGUGCUUCCAUGAAUAUUAACUAUAGUCAAUUUAUGCUUUCCAAAUACUAGUAUAGUCAGUGAUACUAACCCUGACAUUUCCUUUAUUAGUGUGUAAUUACCUCUCAGGGUAUAAGGAUCCUUAGUAAAUUUAGGAUAAACUUUUUAUAGUCAGUGGCAAAAAGAAAAAAAAUAGAGGCAUAAUUGCCUAAUAUAUUACUAGCUCUCAACAUUUUUAGAAUAGAUAGUAUUUUAUAUAAAUCACUAGCUAACAUAGGAGCUGGUAACCUGCUUUGAGAUUGCCUUGUUGCGCAUCUAUGCUGCUCCCAUCCCCAUAAUACAUAUUGUAAGCAUACUUUACUAUGUAUCUUAUAUGAAAAUUAUUUAUAUAUUUCCAUAUUCUCCAUGUUUCAGGGAAGGCAGGAGAGAAUGUAUAUGUUUUGUACUUUCAGUUGCUGUAGAAUUAACAAGUUUGAAAAUUUGAGGAGAAUGAACACUAAAGGUACACGUGCUUAUUAACAAAUGUUUUGCCUCGUAAGAUGUCUAUCUGCUAGACAGUAUUUAUGUCCAUGCCAUCUGUAGUUCAGUGUAGAGAAUGAAAUUGUUUAAGAUUAGGGUUAAAAUUGUCUUAGUUCUGUUAUUUGGCCCUUCGGGUAUGUUUGAAUUGGAAGAAAUAUCAUUCAAGAGAAUUUUGGUAGAACAUUAUUAUGGAGAAGCAAAUUAUCUCUUUCGGGGUGAUGAUUGUAAAUGAACAUUGUGACUCUCCUGCUGCAUGAUCAUAACAAAUAAAAUUUUGAUUAUUCUGCUACAUAGAAUAUCAAUAUAAGAUGAAAUGGAAUUUAGAUUUGAUAGGUUUCAAAAAGUGUUUUCUUUUACAUUUACAUUAUCACCCAUAUUUUGACAAGACCUUUUCUUCAUGUAUUGUUACUAAAUACAGUCUUUCUGACUCAAAAAGGUCUCCCCUCUAUAACUGAGAUGGAAGGUUGACCCAAGCCCACAUGUGCCUGAAUUAAUCAGAUAAUUGUGUAAACCUUUUACUCUGUUUUGGGCAUCACUCCCCUUCAGGGGAAUAGAGAAUCAGGAUACUCUGGAGCUUUCCAUAAAUACCAUUAGAGUCAGCCUUAAUGUGGGGCAUGGCAAUCACUUUCUCUAAGUACUAUGCAGUAUCAUGCAGAAAUGUUUACUUUUUACAUUAUAUAAAAUUUAUAUCAGAUAAGAAUUUUUCAUAUUUUGAAAAGGACAAGUGAACAUAUGAACAAUUUAAAAAUCAUUAUUAUGCAUAUUCAUAUUUAUUUAGUUUUCAGUUAUUUCCCUCAUUUCUCAUUACUUGGCAUUUGAUAUGGGUAUAUUCUUAUUUAAUAAAAAGUUGAGUGCAGGCUAAGUAAAAAUGCACGUCAUCAGUGUUCAAUAAAUACUUAUCGGCAAAGUCACUGUGUAAGUCAAACUGACAAAAAACCUUAAACAAUGAAGGUGAAUGUUGGCACCCAUUAUUUGAAUAGAAUUUAGUGAAAUUGUUUAACAUUUUGACAUUUGACGUUCUUUUGAGAUGAAUUAUUUUGACUUCAUUGUUUUUUAAAAGUGUGCUAAGAAUAUGAUUUGCUUACGAUAUGAUCAAGAGAUAAAAAUUGAAAAAAAUUUGGGUGGUAUUCCCCAGUGCAUAAUCAUUUUUCAUUAGAUUUAUCACUAAAUUGUUUUGAGAGGUCUGUUGUAGUCUUAGAAGCUAACCAGAUUAUAUUUUGAUGUCAGGUUUUGUUUAGUUUUAGGUGCCAUUUAUUUCCUCAGUUGCUGUGGCUUUUCAGUAUUUUUCUUAAUAGUAAUGAUUAAAAUGUGAAAAUAGUAUAAAUAUUUAUCUACUUGUAUAAUGGUUUUUAGGGGCAUCUUUCCUGGGAUAAAAUCUGUUAACCUUCACAAAUAAUAAAGAUGGAAGUAUCAAGAACUUGAAAAUUUUUGAGUAAGAUUGAGAAUUGCAAAACUUUCAGAAAAUGUUUGAGAGAAUUUUCCUGGGUUCCUAAUAAAUCUGUAAAAGCAGUACAAGAGGGGAUAUCUAGUUGGCACAGUGGAUAAAGCACCAGCCCUGGAUUUAGGAGGACCUGAGUUCAAAUCUGGCCUCAGACACUUGACGCUUACUAGCUGUGUGACCCUGGGCAAGUCACUUAACCCUCAUUGUCCCAUGCCAAGGGGGAAAAAAAAAAGAAGGCAGUACGAGAGAUGGCAAUUGAUUGUCAUGGCUAUAACGGGUUUUUUGAGCAACGAAUCUGUUGUUUAUGCAUAUACUAUCAUCUAAAAGAAAAUACUUAAAUUGAGAUGAAUUGAUCCUUUUGAGUUGACAAACUAAAAAUUACAAGAUUGUCAAAAUGUAGCACAUAAUAGAAAUAAUUUUCUUCCUUUUACUAUAACAGUGAAAAAGACAAAUGAUUAUUCCUGAAAUUAUCAAAAGAGAAAAUCAUAUUGAGACACUAAAAAUAAGUAAGUGGAUAGAUCUUUUCAUUACUAGUCAAUGUUGUAGUCACCUGGAAUGUGGAACACUUCUAGUGUUAAUAUUUCUUACAGAUAUUUCUGUUAUUAGAAUUUACUACCUGUGUUACUUAUAUGUUGUAUGGGUUUUCCAAAUGUUGAAAAUUGAGUAAGUUGCAGUUCAAGUUUGAAAUUGUUUUAAGAUGGCAUUUAAAUAGCUCAUGUUCAAAUGGAUAGAAAACCUGUGGUACCUGUGUUAUCUUGGGCAUUAAAGACAAGUUUGAUUAACUUUUCUUUUUGAGGAUAUUAAAUUCAUUUGCUGCACUAAUAUUUUCUUAAAUUGCACUGUUGAUUUUCCCCCCAUUAAAGCAAACUGCACAAAUCCUUUUUUUCAUUGUUCAUCUCAAAGUCAUUUUAGUAACUAGUGAUUUCAAGUUAUGUCAGUGGUAUCCUCAUUCUUAGAUCAUAGACAUCAUAGAAAAAUAAAACAAAUUGAUACAAAGUAUGAAUGCUAAGCAUAUAUAUUAUCUAUAUUUCAUACCCCACUCCAAAACCCUAACAACGGAUACUAAAUUCCAAGACUAAUGUAAUGGUUUUUGUUUAUGGUACUUUGGUCAUGAUAAUUUUUUUUAAUUGGGAAAAAUUAAUGAUGGAAGCAACCUUAUGGCAUUUUCUCAGUUUUCCUUCAUCUCCAUCCUAGUAUACAUUUUAAAGCAACUAACCAAAUUUUGCCAAGCUUUAUUUCAAAAGGAAAAGAAAAUUCCAUGCCAUGUGAAAUGCCAUGAUACUCUGAUUAGACUAAUACCUUAUUGUUGUUUUUAAAUUGUGUAUACUCAAUUUA